AUGGAGCAACCUCCGGAGUUCGUAGAUCCAGACAAACCCAAUCACGUUUGUCGGUUGCGUAAGGCGAUAUAUGGUCUCAAGCAAGCUUUUCGAGCCUGGUACACUGAAUUGAAGACUUAUCUCCUGUCCCUUGGUUUCAAUAACUCAUUGGUUGAUACAUCCUUGUUUGUCCUUCAUCAUAGUACGGACUGGAUUUAUCUGUUGGUGUAUGUCGAUGAUAUUUUGAUCACAGGCAAUCAACGCUCCACAAUCCAACACAUUCUCCAUCUUCUUGCUGAUCGUUUUUCGAUCAAGGACCCGGAAGAUCUCAAUUAUUUUUUAGGCCUUGAAGCUCAUCGAACGUCACAUGGUCUUCACUUAUCACAACGCAAAUACAUUUUAGACCUGCUUCACCGUCAUAACAUGAUCAACGGCAAUCCAGUCUGUACACCAAUGGCAACCUCUCUGAAACUCACAUCCGGAAAUCCUCUCCCUGAUCCAACCGUCUUCCGCCGUCUAGUGGGAAGCCUCCAAUAUCUGGCAUUCACGAGACUGGAUAUUGCGUAUGCGGUUAAUCGCUUAUCUCAGUUCAUGCAUUGUCCUACCGAAGCUCAUUGGCAAGAAGAAAAGAGGAUUCUUCGAUAUUUGGCUGGCACAACAACUCAUGGCAUUUUCUUUUCUGCGAAGAAUGAUCUCACAUUACAUGCUUUCUCUGAUGAAGAUUGGGCAGGAGACUCUGAUGACUAUGUCUCCACUAAUACCUACAUUGUCUAUCUCGGUUGGAAUCCCAUCUCUUGGACAGCGAAAAAGCAAAAAGGUGUCGCCAGAUCAUCGACUGAAGCUGAAUAUUGA